UUUGUUUACAAAUGGAUGGCUAGACUGUUUGACACUCGGCUUGAUCAUAGACAAAAAGGUUUUGUUUUUCUUUUAUUUAAAAAAAAAGAAACUAUUGAAAAUCUAUAGAUCAUUAUUAUGUAUUGUCAUGUCUAUUUUGUUUCAGUUUUAAGAAGAACAUUUACGCUUAGUGUAACAUUGUCGCUUUCUUCAAAAUCAAAAGACGUGUUUCAACAAGUUAUAAAUACUUAAAAAGUCUUUGCCUUCCUUUUUAAAUACUUAAAAAGUCUUUGCCUUCCUUUUUAUUUAUAAAAAAUAAAAGGGCCUAACGAAUGUUUAAGUCUAAAUUUCCUUUAAAUGUAAAUAGAAAUUUAAUAUUGGUGCGCUAAAAUAAAGGGGUGUUAAAAAGACUGACGCCUUGGCCUUAUACUUUGUAUUUAACUAAAAAAACGUGUCACCGACUUUCCAAAUUUCUGACUUAUUUUGCCCACAACUUUUUUUAUUUUAAAAGAUAAUGCUACCAAAUUUUCAGGAGACAUUCUUAAUGCAAUAUACAACCCAAAUGAACAACACAACUUUUAAAUAACAUCAGUACUUUGUAUUUUGAAAAAUUUUAUUUGAGGGUAUUUUAAGAAAAAUGUGAACAGAAAAUUGGAAAAAUCAAAACUGACAAAGAAAAAAAAUGAACUUGUUUAUUUGAUUUGAACUAAUUAUAUGCUUGUGUGAAAUUUUAAAUCAAUUCUUAUACUCAUAAAAAGGUAGGUAGUUUCUUUUUUUUAAUAAAAUUGAAUGCAUGUAUCAUGUAAUUUUAUAUAAAAUUCACUCAAAAUCAUUUUUUUAUCUACAUUCAAACGUGACUCCUUGUUCGUUGAUGGAGGGAAUUCCACUGAGUUCUGCAAUAGAAAAUUUUCUCUUGUAUCUGAAAUAAACCUAGAAAAACAUCGUAAUAUAUUCAAUCAUAAUCCUGAAAAUUCUGAAUAUACAAAAUUUAUUUUUAAAAUAUAAAUUAUUAUUCAAUUUAUCAUUAUUCAUUAUGUGUUAAUUAAAACUAUUUUCGUUUUUAUUUAUUAGUACUUAUAUAAUUAGACAUUUUUUUUUAUAAUUCUAUGAAUGUCAUGUCAAUACCAGUACUUAACCAUUUUAAAAAUUUUAUGAUUAAAUACCUUAUUUAAUUAAAAAAUACUAUUUAAAUUUAGGCUUUAAUUGCAUUUGUUGUAAUAGAAUAUAAUUAGUUUAUUAGUAUUAAGCUUAGGCUUAAACUAUACCGGUACACACAAUUUUUAACGUAAUAAAUAAAACUUAAAAGCACCCCUUGGUUUUGCUUACUACUUAAACUUUUCAAGCUUGUUUAUAAUAUUUUCUUCAAAUUAUUUAUUUUCAACUUCUUAUAAUUAUUCAGAUGUUUAAGGUUUCAACCAUAACGAAUCAUUUCAUAAUUGACAGCGAUAAUAGCCAUUUCCGGCUUCUCAAUCAAAGGAAAAAAAAAAAGAAAAAAAUUUUUCAUACCCCAACUACUUUGGGAUAUGCAUAACUUUUCUGGGACAUAGUCAAUGAUAAUAACUCCAAUAAUGAAAAACCUCUCAAAAUGAAUGUAGUUUGCACUGAACUACACCUUAUUUCCCUAAAAUAACUAAUAAACAAAAUAUUUAAGUGAUUAUAUACCCACCGAGUCAUCAAAAUAAUACGGUCCGUGAUUCACAAAAAAUCUCACGCAUAAAUCAAUAUAUCGCCAGAACACACAAACGGAUACGUCACUGAUGAGGAAAGCAAUUAUUUAAUAAAGAAAGCUGACGUUGUAUGCAAUUUUUCAAAGAUACCGUGUAGCUGUAUGCCAUAUUGUAGAACACGUUUUUUCGACAUUUUUGGACAUGCGCAGAUCGGUGCAUCGACUCGUUUUAAAGUACCUACUUUAUAAACUAUGCUAAACUUCUUAAGUCUAAAGUCUAAAGAUAGUCUAAGUUAUAUUAAAUUCAAUUUUUAUUACAAUUACACUAUAACAUUUUUAACAAAUAUAGAAAAAUAAAAACUAUAUUCAAGAACUCACAGAAAAUGAAAAGGUAUAAGCUCAAAAGAUACAAAAAUUAAUACACACAAGCAAAGAGUAAAAUCUUGUAAAGAUCCUAUAAGUAUAUUAAGUCUCGUAAGUUUCAUUUCAAAGAAAUCUAGCAAUAUCAAUACAAAAAGGUUUUACAUAAGUGGUGGGCUCUACAGCUUUACGUUGAAGCAAAAAUUUGGUCAAUACACAUACUAUAACAAUUUCAAUUAAAAAAAUUGCAAUGUCACUACACUGAAAUUUAUUCAGUGAUGUCUGGUAUUAAUUCAAGUAGCCUAAUCGUUUAAAGUUGAGUGGUUGGCAUAUUCUUUCCAAGACAUACUAUAAUAUUUUAUCAAGAUCAAAACAGUCACAUAAAAGACAUUACAUAUGACAUUUGAAGUAACCAUUUCAUUUUUAAUAGGCCUAAGCCCUAUGCUAUGAAAUAUGUCUCAAAAGACAAGAAUUAUAAUUUUUUAAAGUAUUUCAAUUAAAAUAGUUAUUAAAAUUGGGAAAUUUUAAGAAUCUUCUGACAACAAAUAAGUGUUUUGGGCCUUUCAUCACUCCUGAAAGGUUAUGCUCAUCAUACAUAAUUUACAUUAAAAUAUUUGCUCAAAAGUACCAGGAUUUACAGACGCCAAUAUUUAUUCUACAGCAAAAGUUUGUUUCUUUGCGUAUGAGCGAAAUAGUAUAACUCCUUUUCUUGAUACUUCAGGGCUUUAUCUUGAGUUGUCCUCAUUUCUUAUGUUAUAGAGAGCUUGUUUACAUAAUAUUUCUUGUGUGUGCCCUCUGAUUGACCCCGCAUGAGACGCUGUGUUCACAAAGGGGUGUGGCUUAGGUCUUUGAAGUGGCUUGUUUACAAUCGGCUUCCAAUUACGCAAACCCAUCUAACAAAAGCCCAUUAAAGACGAAUAUACUCCUUAACCCGAGAUAUGUAAACAACACGUCAUAAGCCCUUCUCGAAGCAUCUUACUCUACAUAUAUAUAAGGGAUUGACAGGCACGACGACGGAGAUUUUCAUAUAGAUUCUCUUAACAUACGAGGCGUGUUUUAUUCUUUGUGUAGUUGUGUGCUCCUACUUAUAUGUGUUUAUUUCGUAUUAUUUAUUGGCAUCAUUCUUUCUAAUUGUAUUAACUGUGUACCGGUACGACAUCUGCCAUACUGUAAGUUGAAGAUUGUAAUUUUAUUUUAUUUUCUUUUGUAAUUAUCUUAAGACAUAAUAAAUCUUAUUAAUUGUAACUAGAAACUGUUUUGGGUCGUAUCUUUAAUAUUGUUGAUUCUGUGGUAUCGUCCUUUGUUAGGCACUGAUUACAACGAGCUAAUUAAAAUUAAAAUAGGAGAUUAAUUUCUCCCAACACAAGUCAGUGCGUAACAAAUUGGGUUGCUCGUCCCGGAUAUAGCGGACUCCAUAUUAUUAUUUUUCUCAAGACCCCAAUUCUAACAAAUUGGGCUGCUCGUCCGCGAUAAUACUAAAUUCAUACUAUUAUUAUUAUUUCUCAUAUUAGACUCCAAUUUUAACAAAUUGUGGGCUUUUCCGAGGAUAAUUUUAAUCCAUAAUUUUUAUUACACCAAUAAUAAUAAAUUGAGUGUUUUUCUGUGGAUUUUGACCCACUGUUUACUUUUAUAUACUCAGAUUAAUUUUCAGUACACGAUACCAUUUUACGAUACCAACAACAGAGCUGGUUACAAUUUUUCUUUAAAUUCAAUUAGAUUAGUGUGUGCACUAAGCUUAAAUUUGUAUAAAAAUUGUUAUAUUUUGCCUGUGUCUAAAUGGAUUUUGAUAUUGAAAACCCAUCAGUAGAGGCAUUAGACAAAUGUUCUAGGAAGGAGCUAUUUUCCAUUGCUAAAGCUCUAGAAUUAAAUGUAGCUCAUUCGGCCGUAAAAAAGACCAUACGAUACAUGAUCAUCGUUCACUUUGUGGAUGAAGACAUGUUAUCUGAAGAUGAACUGGCCUCAGUCACACAACCGACUGAUCCAAGUAUGGAGCUCCAACUAAAGCUCAAACAAAUGGAACUAGAUAAAGAACGUGAGCUUAAACAGCUGGAGCUUGAUAAAGAACGAGAGCUUAAACAGCUGGAGCUAAAAGCUCAGAGAGAGAAAGAAGAAAAAGAUAGAGAGCUAACAAUAAAGUUAAAACAAAUGGAAAUAAUGGCCAAUUUAGGAGCAAUGGAAAAUAGACUCACGCCUCCAGCCGGUCAGGGUUGCGAUGCAAUUAAGUUUGCAAAAGUAAUCCCUAAAUUUACAGAAAAAGAGGUUGACCAAUAUUUUGCGCAGUUUGAGAUAACUGCCCAAAAUUUUAAAAUUCCUGAAAGUAUGUGGUCCACCUUACUUCAACCAGCCUUGACCGGAAGGGCAUCUGAAGUCUUUGUGUCCCUGAAUGCGGAACAGCGCGGGGACUAUAACCUAGUAAAAUCAUUAAUACUUAAGGCUUAUGAAUGUGUCCCCGAAGCAUACCGUAAAAAGUUUAGGGAACUGUGGAAACGUGAUGGCCAGACUCAUGUCGAGUUCCUCCGGGAAAAGGAACGGCUCCUGGACAAGUGGCUGCACGCAACCAACACUGAGACAGACUUCAAGAAAUUCAAGAACCUCAUUCUGAUGGAGGAGUUCAAGAACUGUGUUCGUACUGAAGUGCGAAUACAUAUUGCAGACCGUGGCGAAGGUGACGCACAUACGGCAGCAGUGUUAGCCGACGACUUCACCAUCUCACAUCAACUUUCCAAGAAUCCAUUUGACACCAGGAAAAACAGGCACAAUAAGACAACAACAUCAACUUACAGUAAACCUCCACAAAAACCAUUCAAGCCCGGUACGAAAGAAAUUGGUGCAAAAGACACAUGUGCCUACUGUAAAAAAGAAGGACAUAAGAGGGAUGAUUGCUGGAAACUCAAGAAGAAAACUGAGAAGACCACACAUCCUGGUACACAACACAAAAGUCUCCGCUUGUACGUCUCGUCAUACAUCUGGAAACACAUUUUCAAAAUUCAAGAGUUUUUGCUCUCCAGAUGUCCAUACAAACUUCAAAGAGGUUUGUCACGACUCAUCAAAGAGUUCCAUUAUGAACAAUAAGGCUAGUUUUACUGACUCCAGCCAAGUUCCUGCUUCGACUGCGAGUUUUAUGAGCUUGUCGCCAAGAUCCUUUUGCUCCAAGAAGAGGUCUACCUCCAGAGGGCGUCUUACUGAGGACUUGUGUGCAAGUUUUGACGACUCUACCCAGAGUUUUACUUCCUCUACCCUAGCCGAAUGUUCUCAAGACUCCAACAAGAGUUUACCUACCAAGGUCCAAAAUUCUACAUCAGAAAAUACUGAUGUCAUACAAGACUUCAUGCCUUUCAUAUCGGAAGGAUUCGUAUCACUGCCAGGUGAUUUUUCCAGUCUACAACCAAUCAAAAUCUUACGAGAUACAGGUGCUUCACAGUCCUUACUACUUGAGGGUAUACUUCCCUUGUCUGAAUCUACUGCUACUGGGAGCAACAUCCUGUUACGAGGUGUAGAGCUGGGAUGCAUAGAUGUACCUUUACAUCUCAUCAACCUAAAAUCAGACUUAGUCUCCGGACCUGUGGUUGUGGGUGUCCGACCAACAUUACCAUUGGACGGCAUCUCGUUGCUGCUAGGCAAUGACUUAGCUGGUGGGAAGGUGAUAGCCGAGCCCAUCGUUACUCAUGAACCUUGUUUAAAUGAAAAUCAGGAAGAAGAUCAAGAAUUGUAUCCAGCAUGUGCUGUGACAAGGGCCAUGAGUUCCAAGAUCUCCACAAAAGAGAUUUCACAAAAAAGCAAUAAAAUUCUUCCUGAAAUUGACCUGGGAAAAACAUUUUUUGCAAGUCUAAAUGAAGAGGCUAGUAAUUACAAGACUCCAACUCGAAUGCAACUUAUUGAAGAACAGAAGAGUGAUCCAGAAAUAGUCAAACUUCGAGAGAACGCUUUGACCCAAGAAGAAGCUGAACAAUUCCCUAUAUGUUAUUACCUUCAAGAUGACAUACUUUUGAGAAAAUGGCGACCUCCAGACGCAAAUGCUGACGAAGAAUGGAGGAUAGUUCAUCAAAUAGUAGUUCCUACCCCAUUCCGGAACGAAGUCCUGAACUUAGCCCAUGACUCACCACUUUCAGGUCAUUUGGGAGUAAAGAAGACAUAUCACAAAAUCACGUCGCACUUCUUUUGGCCCAAAAUCAAGAAAGAUGUGGUUGAAUACUGCAGAUCAUGUCAUACUUGUCAGGUUGUAGGGAAACCAAAUCAGAAGAUACCAGCAGCUCCUCUUCAACCCAUUCCAGCAUUCGAAGAACCUUUCAGUCGCGUUAUUAUAGACUGCGUUGGACCUCUGCCAAAGACAAAAUCAGGUCACCAAUACUUGCUGACAAUCAUGUGUGCGUCAACAAGAUUCCCAGAAGCUAUUCCUCUUCGCAAUAUCAAGACUCCGAACAUCGUCAAAGCCUUGACGAAGUUUUUUACAUUGUUUGGUCUUCCGAAGUCUGUACAGUCUGACCAAGGAACCAACUUCAAGGCUGGAAUAUUCAAACAAGUGAUGAACCAGUUGGGCAUAGAACACUGCUUGUCGAGUGCAUAUCAUCCUGAGUCACAGGGAGCACUUGAGCGAUUCCAUCAGACGUUGAAGAACAUGAUGAGAACCUACUGCCUAGAACAAGAGAAAGACUGGGAUGAAGGCAUCAACAUGCUACUGUUCGCCGCAAGAGAAGCAGUUCAAGAAUCACUUGGAUUCAGCCCCUUCGAACUGGUGUUUGGCCACACGGUUCGCGGUCCCCUUAAACUUUUAAAAGACACGUGGAUGUCAUCGGCACCCACGGAAGGACUUCUUGACUAUGUCCAAAAAUUUAAAACUAAACUUUUUAAUGCCGUUAAUUUGGCUAAAACACAUUUAAAAGAUUCACAAUCUAAAAUGAAAGUUUGGUAUGACAAAAAGUCAAAAUUCAGACAGUUUGCUUCAGGGGACAAAGUGCUUGUGCUUUUGCCGAUACCAGGGCAAGCACUACAAGCUAGAUAUUUUGGUCCUUAUGUUGUUGAGUCCAAAAUCAAUGAUUUGAAUUACAUUGUGUUAACACCAGAUCGUAGAAGAAAGAAACAGUUAUGUCACAUUAACAUGUUAAAAGAAUAUUUUGAUAGAAAAUGUGAUGAUCAUUGUCCAUCCUCAGAAACAAAUGUUAACACAAUCUCAACUGUAACUUCAGUACUUAAAGAAAAUGUUACUGAAACCUUUGAUAGUGUCCCAGAAAAAGUUGGUAAUUAUAAACUUAAAAAUUCAGAAGUAUUGGCCAACUUAGAUAAGAAACUAGGACAUUUGUCAUUGUCAGAGAAGGAUGUUGUUAAGUCUGUUAUUGCAGAUUUUGUUUUACUCUUCCCUGAUGUACCUAAUAAAACCAACAUUGCUGUACAUGAUGUUGACAUUGGCAAUGCAGUUCCGGUCAAGCAACACCCCUAUAGGGUCAAUCCGGAAAAACUUGAAAUAAUCCGGUCUGAAAUAAAAUACAUGCUUGAAAAUGAUAUAAUUGAACCAAGCUCUAGUAACUGGAGUUCACCAUGUAUUUUAGUCCCAAAGCCUGACAAAAGUUACAGGUUUUGUACUGACUUCAGGAAAGUGAAUGCAUUCACAAAGACUGAUUCCUUUCCGAUUCCAAGGAUAGACGAUCUUAUAGAUCGAAUAGGUGAUGCCAAAUAUGUAACCAAGAUAGACUUACUAUCAGGUUAUUGGCAGGUUCCUCUAUCUGACAGAGCAAAAGAAAUCUCUGCUUUUUGUACUCCAGAUGGUUUAUAUCAAUAUAAAGUAAUGCCGUUUGGAAUGAAAAAUGCCCCAGCUACAUUCCAACGUCUUGUAAAUAACAUUAUUGCUGACCAGGAAAAUUGCAGCGCCUAUAUUGAUGAUGUAAUUAUUUACAGUCAAGAUUUUUCAUCUCAUGUAAACCAAUUAAGAUCUCUGUUUAAAAAAUUUUUGCAGGCAAAUGUAACUGUAAAUUUAAAUAAAUGUGAAUUUUGUCAUGCAACUGUGGAAUAUUUAGGUCACAUAGUGGGUCAAGGUCAUGUAAAGCCUGUUCAAGCUAAGAUAAAUGCUAUUGUAUCACUUCCACCACCCACUACUAGAAAACAGUUAAUGAGAUUUUUGGGAAUGGCAGGUUAUUAUAGAAAAUUUUGCAAAAAUUUCUCAGUUAUUGCUUCUCCUUUAAGUAAUAUGUUAAAGAAAAAUGCAAAAUUUCAUUGGUCAGAUGCUUGUCAGGAAGCAUUCGAAAACAUUAAAAAUAUACUUGCUAAUGCUCCUGUUCUCAUUGCACCAGACUUUAACAAACAGUUUAAAUUAGCUGUAGAUGCCAGUGAUGUUGGCAUUGGUGCAGUUCUUUUUCAAGAAGAUGACCACAAUGUAGAUCAUCCUGUCUCUUAUUUCUCAAAGAAAUUUAACUCACAUCAGAAAAACUAUUCCACUGUAGAAAAGGAAUGUUUAGGUUUAAUUCUUGCUCUCCAACAAUUUGAUUUUUAUGUCAGUUGUUCUUUACAUUCAGUACUUGUUUUUACUGAUCACAAUCCUUUAACAUUUUUGAAUAAGAUGGUCUCCAAAAAUCAAAGAUUGUUAAGAUGGAGCCUAUUUUUACAAGAAUAUAAUUUGGACAUCAAACACAUUAAAGGCAAAGAUAAUGUCAUUGCAGAUACUUUGUCCAGAAAUUAAUUUUCACUUAUGUUAUUGUUUAUAAGCUGUUAAGAAGUUUUUGUCUAAUAUUUUGAGAGUAAGAAAUGUACUUUCUUCAAUUUUAAUGGAAAAAGAAUUCCAUUUUUGAACAAUGAAAUUUUUUUUCUUUUAAGAGGGGAAGUGUUAUAGAGAGCUUGUUUACAUAAUAUUUCUCGUGCGUGCCCUCUGAUUGACCCCGCAUGAGACGCUGUGUUCACAAAGGGGUGUGGCUUAGGUCUUUGAAGUGGCUUGUUUACAAUCGGCUUCCAAUUACGCAUUGGGUAGAUUGUUUUCGGGUAAUUUCUGGAAUAUACUCCUUAACCCGAGAUAUGUAAACAACACGUCAUAAGCCCUUCUCGAAGCAUCUUACUCUACAUAUAUAUAAGGGAUUGACAGGCACGACGAGGGAGAUUUUUUGAGAUAGAUUCUCAUAACAAUUACGAGGCGUGUUUUAUUCUUUGUGUAUUUGUGUGCUCCUACUUAUAUGUGUUUAUUUCGCAUUAUUUAUUGGCAUCAUUCUUUCUAAUUGUAUUAACUGUGUACCGGUACGACAUCUGCCAUACUGUAAGUUGAAGAUUGUAAUUUUAUUUUAUUUUAUUUUGUAAUUAUCUUAAGACAUAAUAAAUCUUAUUAAUUGUAACUAGAAACUGUUUUGGGUCGUAUCUUUAAUAUUGUUGAUUCUGUGGUAUCGUCCUUUGUUAGGCACUGAUUACAACGAGCCAAUUAAAAUUAAAAUAGGAGAUUAAUUUCUCCCAACACAAGUCAGUGCGUAACACUUAUUUAGACUAUCAAAUUUCUUUUCAAUUACAAAAGAAGAAGAUUAAAUUUCAUUUUUGAAUUUGGCAUCAAGAUUCAACAUUGUUCAAUGAAACCUACUAUAAAUGAAAUAUAUUUGCAUUAAAAUAAAUGACCAACAAUAAUAGUGGUUAACAUUUUAACAGAUAAAUUACCUGUGAGAAGAGCAUGUCCUAAAACUCACACACUUUUUUCCCCUUCAUAAACUUAAAAUUUCACCCAUUAUAUAUGCACAUGUUGGGAAACACUGGCCUAAGCCUUUCAAAUUACUGUUCUAAAUAUUAAGACGGCAGUGGAAGACUAUUAUUAAAAUGACAAGUGCCAUUAAAGAACUAUAAAUUUAUUUAUUUUCGUCUUUAAAGAAAGACAGAAAUGAGUCAGGGAGAUCAAGAUGCAUCUGUGAAUUCAGACAGUAGAAACAGUCCACCUUUGCUCCCACCCGAGUCGCCUGGCAGCUCUGUGUCAUCUCGCCUUCAGGUAAAACAAUGUAUAUCCAGUUCUCUUAUAUCUUGUGCUUACUGGGAUUACAUUGCAAAAUGCUUUAAAUGAUAAGGGCUCAAGACAUCAUACAUAAUUAUGCAGUACUUUUUUUCUGUAUUAUAUGUGCUUUUCAAUGUAAUGUUGAUAAAAUUUCAUGUAUUGUUUUAAGGAACACUUUGUUAAGCUUACUGUGAUUUCAAAGUAUAAUAUGUUAAUGAAAAUAUGAAUCAUGAUCUUCAAAUUGAUUAUUUUUAGAAAUAGUAUCGAAUUUCCAUUUUUUGCUCUUGCUGCAAUAGGAAGAAUACUCAGAGCUUUUAAAAUAUGCGGUAGGAAUGCAAGGUCCGGACCUGAGGAGUCAGAAACCUUUGGAUGACGAGAGAGUUUUUCAGCCCAUUACAUCUAUCAGGUCCAAUGGAUCUAGUACAAGACAGACUCCAGUUAACGAACAGCAAGGUAAACAUCAAACGGGCAAUUAAUAAUGGAUAUGUGGGCACAGAGGGCUGCCUUAAAAAUUCUCUAAGAACAAAAAAAUAUAAAUAUUAAUAUAAGUAAUAUAAUUGAAAAGAGAUUUCAGACUCAAUUGUAUGUGGAGCCACAUUAUUUUAUCUUCCUUACUCCUUAUAAAAAAAACAUUCAAAAGAAAAAUUUGUUUACUGCCUUCAUUUUAAGGUUGUUUUAUCAGGCUCCACAAAAGAAAGUCUUUGCACACAGAUAUUAUUAAACUUGGGCGGGAACUCUUUACUCUUGAUGAGUUGAAAAUUUGAUAGAUAUUUGGAUUGGACAGAGUAAAUUUUUUUUAUACUUUGGUUUCAUAAUCCCCUUUAAAAGGCAAAUUGCAAUUUUUUACAAAUAAUAAUUAUAAAGAGACUCUCAUAUUUUUUUUCUUUCAUCCCCCAGACUUUUAAUGCUGAUUGAGUUUAUACAUUUUUAUUGAAGAAGUUGUCGGAUGAAAUCUUUUAGGAGGCCAUUUAGUUUUACUUUUCAUUUUUAAAUAUAAAUAAGAAUGAACCAAACAACUUUCAGAAAAAUCAAAUUGAUAAAAUAUUUCUCAUGUGCCUCAGGAUCACAACCCUGGAGACAUGACGGUGAGACCGCGGAUGACGUCAACACCAAUUCAAUUUAUCCAAGUCAGCACGUCGACGGCCUCAACAGCAGCGAUAGCAUUCAUGAGUUUUCUGGGGAUGAUUUGAAUGCCAACAGGCGUAGGAAAACUUCAAGUCAGUUGCUAUUGUUUGUUACUGAAUUGUUUGUAACUGAAUUGUUUGUUACUGAAUUGUUUGUUACUGAAUCGUUUGUUACUGAAUUGUUAGUUACUGAAGUGUUUGUUACCGAAUUGUUGGUUAGUUGAAUGAAGCCAACGAUAUGUUGACAGCUUCGAUGGGUGUAAAAAAAGUUUUGAUUUUGUUUUUUUUAAGGCAUAGUACGAAGAUUUGCUGUACCAGUUGAACUGUCUUUUAAUAAGAAGAGAGCCAAAGCCAUGAUAAAUAUACUGUAAUGGUUUAGGUAUGAUAAUUAUACUGUUAUGGUUUAUGUAUGAUAAUUAUACUAUAAUGGUCUCUAUUUUUCAAGGAUUUUGUUGUUAAUGGAAUUAUUUUAAUCUAGACUAAUAAAUUUCCAGUCACCUCAAAAGCAUGUAAAACAGCCAAGUAUGGACCUAUAGUGCAGCAAUCAGUGACUGACAUGUCAUGCAAGCUAGACUGUUGGCUCGGAAAGCUAAAAUCAGACAUUCUGGUUAGUAGCAUUUUAUUUUUUUGUUGUUUGUUUUUGUAUUCAAUUAUAUGUUGUAACAGUCAUGGAUCAGUUGAAAGAAUCUAUUGUUUCAAAGAUAUAUCAGCUGAAUAUUAGUUUACACAUUUAACAAUAAAUUUGGCUCGGAAAGCUGAAAUCAGAUCCUCUGGUGAAUAGCUUUUGAUUUUUUUUUUUAAAUUUAAAUUCAAUUAUAUGCUGUAACAGUCAUGGAACAGUUGAAAGAAUUUGUUGUAUCAAAGAUAUAUCAGCUGUAUAUUAGUUUAUACAUUUAACAAUAAAUUUCAAUGAACCAAGAAAAAUUAAUGUACAUUAAAACAAAAAAAAAGCAACCCAGACAUAACAAUGAAAUCUCAUUUCCUGGGACCAGACUGGAUCUGAGGAUUGAUUUUGAAGAAAUAUAUAAUUGUUAAUAAAACAGGUUGACCCUUGUAUGAAAAAUAUUCACAAAAAUAUCCCUCACUGUCACAAAUCAAUGUUCCUGUUCUUUCAGGCAGAGAUUAGCAAAACUACAAUGCAGGCCACACAGUGCGUCAGUAAGCUACAUAAGAAAGAGAAACAAGAGUAGGUGAUGCUUGUCCGUCUUCUGACUGUAACAUACAUAUGUCAAAAGAUGCGUGGAGGGAGUUUAAUGAUUCUUUCUCCUAAAUAUUUCUUGGUUUGUUGUUGUUUGGGGGGGGGGGGGGGGGGGGGGGGGGUUUAAGGGCCAAUAUAGUAUUUUCAGUUUGUGUUCAGUAUUUUUAAAAAGUGCAUAUUCUUUUAACAAUAAAUUUUUAUUGACUAAUUAUUUUGUCUGCAUUCAACCCAUACAUGGCUAGAUCCAGCCACCAAACACAUUGUUUAUAUGUUGGUAAAUAUUUAUUUGAAGUGUUGCUUUAAAGAUGAAAUUGGGACUGUUUUAUAAGAAGGGGAAACUAUUUUUUAUUUAGUUUUCCUUAUUUUCAAUGAAACAAGAAUGACAUUGAGACAAAUCAAUAGCUCUUGUUGAACAUUUUAAUUGAAAAUUGAAUAAUGUCAAACAAUCAAUGUUAAAAAAAAAAAUUUGACCCAUUUUGAAAGCUUCUUCAAGCUCAUUUCUUACCUACUGUUUAUCAGGCUAAUGGCAGAGAAGGAAUAUCUGCAAAGGGAAAUAAACAAGCUGACGGAGAUGGUUAACACCUGUGAGAAGAGCAUGUGCAGAAAGGACACGCUGAUUGAAAACUUGACUCAGGCUUUGUGUCGAGAGAAAGAGAAAGUGGCCAAAGCCCAGGCUUUCUACACCUGCUUGGCGAAGGCUACCUCUGGGAAGAGGGAGGUAAUUUAUCUGAAAUAUCUGUGAUAUUCAUUUAAUUGAAAAAAAAUUUUUUUUAAAUUUUAAAAAUCUGAUAAGGUGAACUACUUUGUAAAGGCUGAGGCAAUGUUUCCUUGUGUGAGUGGGAGGGGUGGGGGGGGGGGGACAUGAUGAUUAUGGGGGGUCAUUGAGUCUCUUUAGAAAAUCUAUUAAUAUUUCAAAAGUGGGGCUGAAGGCGAAGUUGGACAGGACUUGAGCAACAUUAAAAUUGAUAUUCAUUUAAUUGAAAAAAAAUUUUUUUUAAAUUUUAAAAAUCUGAUAAGGUGAACUACUUUGUAAAGGCUGAGGCAAUGUUUCCUUGUGUGAGUGGGAGGGGUGGGGGGGGGGGACAUGAUGAUUAUGGGAGGUCAUUGAGUCUCUUUAGAAAAUCUAUUAAUAUUUCAAAAGUGGGGCUGAAGGCGAAGUUGGACAGGACUUGAGCAACAUUAAAACAUUAAAUCUUUUUAGGUGAUCAGGAGGGGUGUGCGGUGAAAAAGUUUUGGGGAACACUGGACUGAGAGUAUAAAAAAACUCUUUUAAGAAGAACCCAAGUUAGAAAAAUUAGAAUUAUGAAAAUGCAUCUUUCAAGGAAGCUUGCCAAAACUCAUGCAUGAAUCUUUAAUCAUGAAUCAGGAAAAUGUGUAGAUUUAUAAAUGUGUGAAUGGGUAACUGGUGUAAAAUAAUAUUUUGUAAUUUUCAAAGAAAGAAAUAAAAUUUUGAAAGUGGAAUUGUUUUAAGUGGACAUUUUACAGGUUCUAUUAAAAUAAGAACUUCACAAAUAUCAACAUAUUUGUAUGAGAUUUCACUUUACAGUAUCAUUUUAAAACAUCUCUCCUAAAUUCAUGUCUCCCUCAGAAAUUUACAGAAAAACUGGCUACAAAUUACCGUGACCGCCAGUUGCUCCAGAAGGUGCUGAAAUCUUGGUUUAGCUUGGUACAGCAGAGAUGGAAGCAGAGAAUUGAGAGGCUCUGUGACAUGAAGGCUCAAAGUGUGUGCACGGAGCUCAGCGCAGAUUACGAGGGGAAGAUAAGAUGUGUAGGUCCCCAUCAUGUAACGGGCUCGUCGUAGAUGUUUUGUUUGCUACCCUAGUCAUUUAUAGCACUGGUGUAAUGUUAAGCUCGGCUAUUUUAAGGCGGGUUAAAUCAUUCAACAUGUUUAAUUUUAAUGUUUUAUAAACGCGUGAUCAGACUUCCAUUAGCGUAAGUCCACUUCUGUCUUCUGACAAAUUUGUCUACUAGCCUGACCACGUGAGUGGACCUUGUAAUGGGAUGUGAUUUUGUUAAGGCCAUUGGUUUUAAUUUUAACAUUUUUUAUUUUAAUUUAAGGCACUUUUAGUUAAGAUAAAAUUGUAAAACAAAUUGGAAAUCAAUGGCAGCAGUAACUUAAUUGUUACAAUUUUAAACCAUAACUCAUUCUCUGCUUGUGUUCAGUAUGAGACCAAUGCAUUGGUUCCCCAUCUCUUCAGCUCAACAGUCAUAUUGCCACCCUGGAGGAAAAAAUAAGGGUGCUUCAGUGUGACAGAGAACAGUACGGACAGCAGGUGAAGAAAGCUUUUAUGAGAGGGGUGUGUGCUCUGAACAUGGAGGCCAUGUCAGCGUUCGGAGCUGAGGAGACACCCCGAUCAGGUAGUUGUGCAGAUUUAUUCAAGUGUUCAGAGCAAAGGGCCACAUGCCCGAAUGCCUCCUGGAUCAGGAUGAUCAUUCAGUUAUUCAAUUUUAUUAGUACAGUGUUUCUUAAUUUUGUACAUAAAGUAUCAUGAAAUACUUCAAUAUUUAAUAAAUUUAUAGAUGUUUAAAAUUAGUGAUAUUUUUUUGUGUUAAUACCGGUACAUAAAUGUUGAUGUGUCUUAACUAAAACCUUUUAAUAAUUAUGUGAUAGGAUUUGUCAUCUUAAACACUGAUUAAGAUAGGAAAUUAUAAAUUUAUAUAUUAAUUAUAUAUAUAUACAUUUAUAAUAAGAAUAGAGAAAUUGUCUGUGGUAAGAAAACCAUUACAUUGAUGAUCAUGAAUUUUAUUUGGAUAAGUUUAACUCUUUUCAUUCCUCUUACAACUUCUUACGCAGGUUUUUUUCGCUCAUAAAAUUAUGUCUUUUUUUUUUAAAAGUAUUCUAUAGUUAUUUGAUAAUAAAAUUGGAUGAAAAAUGUAAAAAAAAAAUUAAAGUUAAAGGUUUUGAAUUAUUUUCUUGUUUUUUUGCGAGUUCAAGGUUCACGUGACAUGCCGAAGCGUUACUCGCCAUUUUGUGAAAAUUUGUGCAAGACGCUUUUUGACUCGGGAGCCCAAAAUCUUAAAUAAUGAAUAAUACUGAUGAAAAUGUUGAUCAAAUUUUAUCUGAAUCUUCUGGCGAAGAUAGUUGGGAACCCGAAUAUAGUGAUUCUGAUUCAGAUUUUGAUGAUAAUCUUCCUCUGCAGCCGAUUUUAGAAGGUUAGUAAUCGAGUGCUUUGUCAUUCAAUUUUUUUUUUAGAUUUCUUACUAUUAUUUUUUUUUAAUCGGUUUAAAUUGUAUUUUUAAGCAUAUUGUAAUAUUUACUAGCCAUUUUUAAAUGAAUCUACGCAAAAAAAAAUUUUUAACAUGUGAAUAUUUUAUUACAUUUAUUUUUCUAGAAGACGUUAUUCUUAGAAACUGUUGCUAAGGAAUGUAAACAAUGCAGUCGGCACUGCUUUUUAUAAUAUAUGUUAUCAUACAGGACAAGAAAUUUGACAUCAAUGUGUUUUUUUUUUUAAUUUUAAUGUACUGACAAUAUAGUCAUAAUGGUUUUCAGACAGAAUUGAAAGUACACAAACUUGAAAUUAAAUUGAAGUACAUAUUUUUUUAAUUCAUUUCAAUCCUAAAAGUAGCAUAUAGGUCUAGAAUAUCUGUUCUUUUAUAUUUACAGGGUAAACUCAUAUGAUGUUCACGACGAUGGCCCACCGGUUCCAAUUCCCAAGUUUCUCCCAGCCAGAAAGCCAGGCUUACAUCUAAGGGAAGAAAUGUCAACAAGGGACACAGUGAGGCAAUUUCUAGACCCUCAAGACUUUUUCAAAUUGUUUUUUACUUUGGAUUUAGUGGAAACAUUUGUGAAGUACACCAACAACUAUGCCUCAACCAUGGGGCCUACUAAGCCUUCAAUCUACAGUAGUUGGUAUGAUGUGUCAGCAGAGGAAUUUUACAAAUUUCUAGGACUUCUUGUGUACAUGUCAAUUGUACAGGUCCCCAGUGUUCAAAAAUACUGGUCUACGUCAACUUUGUACCAUGGACUUUGGGCCAGAGCCUUCUUGAUCAGAAAAAGAUUUAUUCAAAUAAUGACAUUUCUCAAAGUUUCAAACAUUGAAACAGAGAAUAAGGAGGACAAACUAUGCAAAGUUAGAUUGCUUUCUGAUUUUAUACGAAGAAAAUGUCAGAAGCUUUACCAGCCUCACCAACAGCUAUCGAUAGAUGAACGCAUGGUAAAAAACAAAGGGAGAUACACAUUCAGACAAUACAUAAGGGACAAGCCAACGAAAUGGGGUAUGAAAGUUUGGGUCAUAGCAGAGGCAAUAACAGGCUACACCUAUGAUUUUGAUGUGUAUUUAGGGAAGCAAACCCAAUCAUCAAAUAAUGGCUUGGCCUAUGAUGUAGUAAUGAACCUUAUCAAAUCUGUUAAAAACCAAGGCUACCAAGUGUUUUUUUUUUAUAAUUUCUACAGUGAGUAUAAAUUACUCAAAGAUCUGUUAUUACUAGGAAUACUUGCGUGUGGUACCAUUUUGAAAAAUAGGAAGGGUUUUCCUAAUGAACUAAAAGACAUUAAAACUUAUGAAAAAAGGUCAAAGAGAGGAGAUAUGAGGUGGAUUAGAGAGGAUGAAGUUUUAACUGUUCAAUGGAGAGGCAAUAAGACAGUCUCUCUUGUUUCCAAUUAUAUGACAGCUAAUGGAUUUUCCUUUGUAAACAGGAGAACCAGAGUUGAUGGUGUUUUCAGACAAUUAUUAGUGAGACAACCUAACAUUUUAAAAUCAUAAAAUGCAUUCAUGUGUGGUGUAGAUAAAAGUGACUAGUUAAUAAAUAAAUAUAACACACUAAGGAAAACAAAAAAGUACUGGAAAACCCUUUUCUUCCAUUUUGUCGACAUUGCCAGGGUGAACAGUUAUAUUCUUUUUCAGGAGUGGAGAAAAGAAAAUCCUGGCAUUGAGGAACUAAAGCGGCCUAACCGCUACCUAAAAAUUGAUUUCACUGAGGAACUUAUUAGAACAUUGGGUGGAUUACAAAAAACUGAUGAAGUUCCAAGUGCCACACAUGUUUGCACCUCAAAAUACCAGGCAGUGCAUCCUAUUGUCCCUGAGUGCACAAAUUUAUAAAGAAAUUGUAAGCUUUGUUAUAAAUUGGGGAUGCAAAAAAAGUCCACAAUCAAAUGCAGCACCUGUGAAACUUACCUUUGUUUUAAUAAGACAAGAAACUGUCUUGUAGAGUAUCAUAACGUUUAAAUUGACCACAUGUAUAUUUUCUUUGGUAUAAAUAUUUAUAAACUUGUAAAAUAAAAUUAUUCUUAUUAACAAGUUGUGAAGGGGUGGUGUAUUGAUUUUUUAAAAAUUAUUUCCCCUUGUUAAUACAUUUUACAAAAUCUUUCAUAUUUUCAUAAUAUGCCAUUAAAAAUGUUUGAAUUCUUUCUAUUGCAUACAAAAAUGAUUUUCCUUUCUGAAUAAAUCAUUCUUUGAAAAAAUUCUUGAUACCUUUUUUUUCCUUCUUUGUAUCUAAUAAUAAAAAAAAAAAAUUUUAAUUUAAAAAAAAAAUUAUUAUUUUUUUUAAUCACAACUUCAAAGUAAUGAACUCAAAUUUUAAGAAACAUUAAUUACUAAAAGCAUCAUGCAUUUCCCUACAAUUUGAUAUAUAACAUCAUGAACUUUAGACUAAAACUCUUUAUGAUAUAGACUCUUUUGAGGCAUCACUAGAAAUCUUCAGAAAAUAAUGAAAAAUUCAAGGAAUGUAAAGAGUUAAAUAAGGCAUCAUAAGAUACAACUGAUAAUUUAAUGUAUCUGUUAUUAAUUAUUUUUUCUCAAGGAUUUGGCGGCUCAUCCGACACCAGCUUCAACAACAUUAGUCUCAACAACAACUUGGAGUCCCAGCAGCCAGCCAAGGAAGUCCAGGCCCCUAAGUCUCUCCCAGCUGAUGUCACCACAAUGCCUCCGUCUGAUUUGUAUGCCACUGUAGCUCAAGUUCAUUCUAUGCCAACAUUCAGUAGUGGAUAUGCACAGAAGGUAAGAUUGCAAAGCAUUGAUGGGACCCAACAUCCCCAAGCAUUAAUGGGUCCCCGCAGCAUUGAUGGGACCCCAUAACAUUGAUGGAUCCCCAUAGGACUGAUUAGUCCCCAUAGACAUGAUGGGUCCCCAUAAGACUGAUUAGUCCCCAUAGAAUUGAUGGUUCCCCAUAUGAUUGAUUAGUCCCCAUAGAAUUGAUGGGUCCCCAUAAGAUUGAUUAGUCCCCAUAGAAUUGAUGGGUAUCCAUAGAAUUGAUUAGUCCCCAUAGAAUUGAUGGGUCCCCAUAAGAUUGAUUAGUCCCCAUAGAAUUGAUUGGUCCCCAUAAGAUUGAUUAGUCCCCAUAGAAUUGAUGGGUCCCCAUAGAAUUGAUGGGUCCCCAUAGAAUUGAUGGGUCCCCAUAAAUUGAUUAGUCCCCAUAGAAUUGAUGGGUCCCUAUAAGAUUGAUUUGUCCCCAUAGAAUUGAUGGGUCCCCAUAAGAUUGAUUAGUCCCCAUAGAAUUGAUGGGUCCCUAUAAGAUUGAUUUUUCCCCAUAGAAUUGAUGGGUCCCCAUAGAUGUGAUUAGGUCCCCAUAAAAUUGAUGGGUCCCCAUAGAAUUAAUGGGUCCCCAUAUGAUUGAUUAGCCCCCAUAGAAUUGAUUGGUCCCCAUAAGAUUUAUUAGUCCCCAUAGAAUUGAUGGGUCCCCAUAGAAUUGAUUAGUCCCCAUAGAAUUGAUGGGUCCCACAUAGAAUUGAUGGGUCCCACAUAGAAUUGAUAAGUCCCACAUAGAAUUGAUGGGGCCCCAUAAGACUGAUUAGUGCCCAUAGAAUUGAUGGGUCCCUAUAAGAUUGAUUUGUCCCCACAAAAUUGAUGGGUCCCCAUAAGAUUGAUUAGUGCCCAUAGAAUUGAUGGGUCCCUAUAAGAUUGAUUUGUCCCCAUAGAAUUGAUGGGUCCCCACAAGAUUGAUUAGUGCCCAUAGAAUUGAUGGGUCCCUAUAAGAUUGAUUUGUCCCCAUAGAAUUGAUGGGUCCCCAUAAGAUUGAUUAGUCCCCAUAGAAUUGAUGGGUCCCCUUAAGAUUGAUUAGUCCCCAUAAGAUUGAUUAGUGCCCAUAGAAUUGAUGGGUCCCCAUAAGAUUGAUUAGUGCCCAUAGAAUUGAUGGGUCCCCAUAAGAUUGAUUAGUGCCCAUAGAAUUGAUGGGUCCCCAUAAGAUUGAUUAGUGCCCAUAGAAUUGAUGGGUCCCCAUAAGAUUGAUUAUUCCCCUUAGAAUUGAUGGGUCCCCAUAAGAUUGAUUAGUCCCCAUGCCAUUGAUGGACCCCCCAUAGCGUUCAUGGAUCCUCAAAGCACUGAUGUCUGACAUACAGCCUCUCUGUGGGAUUCUUUCCCUCACAGCUCUUUAAUUUUUACCUAGUAGAUAAAUUUUAGUUGAGCAUACAAAUACUUCAUGCAUAUUUCUCCAUGUUUUUGUGGCUUGUUUUUUUCAUCAACAUUUAAUUAUUUUGUGUAAUCAAUAAUUGUAUUUCAUUUUCAUGUAAUCAUUAAGGGUUUGUCUUUUUCUUUUUUUUCUUGACUUCCAUCAGACUAAGAGCUCAGCCGGAUCAAAAGGGAGACCACUGACAGCUCCUGUCUCACGCCAGACAGGGAAAAGUUCAGGUCUUCCUGGCCAAGGCAUAUCUCUAGCCCCUCCCAUGGCCUCAAUUGUUGUGGAGCGUCAUAACCCAAUCACCAAGGUAACCUAUAGAGCUAAGAAUGCUGCGCUGUGUGCAUGGUAUCAACUGUCUUCAUUAAAAAAAUUCUUAGCUUGGCUUAUGCAUAACAGAGAGCCGGUACAGGUUUGUUUUUGCUGAGCUCCACCAGGACCAGGUUUUAUUGCAUCAGCUCCACUCCCACAAAAUUAAAAAGAUAAUUUUAUCAAAUAUGGGGCCUGCACUGAUUAAUCUACAGAUAACCUGUGUUAAGUCUUAUCUUCCCUUUUGUAAAUUUAUCUGUAAUCUGUCCUCUGUGACCAAAUUAAUCAUGUGGCUCUCUUUUUUUUGCCACAUGUUUAAAUUAUUAUCAACAUUAGUGUGAAGUUAAAUAGAUGCAGUGACCUACAGAAUGUAAUGCAUUCAAGGGAUCAAGGGGGGAGGGGGCGCUAAGUGUUUAAGAAAUUAGUUUAUUAUUGUCACCCAUCUUAUUAAUUGGGCAUAAGAAAUGCAUGUGCCAGUAACAUAGCUGGUAGAAUAGUGGGGCAGCAUUGUGGGUAGAAGAGGGGGGGGGGGCCGCUGUUAGGAGAGUGUGGGGAACAUGGCUGUAGAAGAGUGGGGCAACACAGUUGUAGAAGAACGGGGCAACACAGUUAUAGAAGAGUGGGGCAACACAGUUGUAGAAGAGUGGGGAAAAACAGUUGUAGAAGAUUGGGGAAUCAAUCUUAAUAAAUUUAUUUAAGUGUUAUGCAAACAUGUUUUAAAAUUAUUCAAAUUUUUAGAGCUUGGAGCAGUAAGAAAUUUACCAGAUCCUCUCCACCUCUGGAUUAAAAGAGCCAGCUCCAGAGCUCCAGCUCACUGCUCCUAGUUCAAACCUUUUGUAAAGAUGUUUUUUUUUUACAUGGGGUCUUUAUGCCAGUCAACUGAAAACUAAUGCAGUUGUAAAAUUUAGUUAAAUAAAUAAAUUUGCUGUAUUCCAUAACGGAUUGAUUCCUAAGACUUUUGUUCCAUUGGGGACAUUUACUUGUGUGACAGGCAGCCUUGAAGAGCAGUUUGCUUUUAAAGUAGAAUAAACUUUUGUGACCCUUAUUAAGAUUUCCUAAAAGUUUAUCCAGAGCUAUUGUUUUCAUCUCUAUUAGAUUAUCUUCAGAGAUUUAUUUUUUAAGUUACAGAGAAAUGAAAUAUUUCUCUGAAAAUUGACUUUUUUUUCUUGCCUACAAUAAAACCAAAGUAGCGAAAAAUAGCCAGUGUUCCUGGUUCACAUAUUUCAAGCAAGGCACCGUUAGUUUAAAGUGAAAUAAACAACUUACUCCAUAUAAUCCCAUACUUCCACAGCAAAUGGCUAGCAAGGCUGCAGAAGUAAAUUAUGAAAUAAACAGCGAGUACAAUAGUUCUAACAUUUUCUAUACUUCCACAGCAAACAGUUGGCAAAGCUACAGCCAUGCGCUAUCCCAAGCAAACUUCCAAAGACGAUGCCCUAAAGAAACAAGGAGCUGGCCCAAGUUUCCUCUCCAAAUCUCAGCCGAGUUCAUUCAGCGGCUCGGCCAACUUCAAGCCACUGGCCGGGCAGUCGGCACUGAGCUCAGCGACUUCCAUCAAAGUUGUGGACUGAGAGGUUCUAAGAUUUCUACUACAAGCCAAGACUCCACAGUGGUGUAACUGAUUCUGGG